AUGGACUUUGGGGAAAUGACUGGAGAUUGUAUGACACUUUUUAGGCAGUUGAGUGGGGAAGCUCGUGGGGUAUAUUUGGUCGCAAAGUGUCAGUUCAGCAUUCGUGACAGACCCCGGGGGAAGCCUGUGGCAUUAGAUAUACCACCACCUGCACUCUAUCCCAUAGUAGCUGAUCCAUCUAUGUUGAGUUUGGUACAUUUUGGGGGAGGAGGAUUUGAUCCAUAUCCCGCUUUUAUUUCCCUUCGGGCUCCUUAUUCCGAGGCUGUUCUUUAUCACGACUCUUCUGAGGCUUUCCAACCUGCUAUUAACGUCGGCUUAUCUGUCAGUCGUGUUGGGUCUGCCGCUCAGUUGAAAACUAUGAAACAAGUCUGCGGUAGUUCAAAACUGGAAUUGGCACAAUAUCGCAAAGUGGCCGCCCUUGCUCAAUUUGGGUCAGACCUGGAUGCUGCGACUCAGGCAUUACUCAAUAGAGGUGCAAGGCUUAUGGAAGUACCGAAACAACCACAAUAUGCACCACUUCCAAUUGAAAAACAAAUUUUAGUCAUUUAUGCAGCUGUCAAUGGAUUCUGUGAUCGAAUGCCACUAGACAGAAUUUCUCAAUAUGAGAGAGCCAUUUUAAAGAGUAUAAAAACAGAAUUACUACAAUCCCUUUUAGAAAAAGGUGGCUUAACUAACGAAAGAAAAAUGGAACCAGAUACAUUCUUAAAGGAAUGCGCUUUGGGUUACACAAUAUAAAAGAAAAAAAAAUAGAAA